AUGAAAAUUGAAACAUCACUUUUUCCACCCCGCACAAGCUCUCAAGAUCUUGAAGGGUCGAGUGCGUUCACCGCAAACGUCCCUUCAUAUUCCACCUCGAUAGUACCAGAUUGUCUAACACAUCAAAAAUCCACUUUUCACACUCGCGCAAAUGCUCCUUCGACAAUACCCUUGGUGUCUCCGGGUAUCUCUUUGAUGCCAACAACAAUUCCGUUAUCGACAAAGACGUCUGAUACACCGAAUUACUGGUCAAGUUCGUCCGACGACAAAGUAAUUUUUCCCGGUGACUGUGACUCCUCUCGAAUUGAGUUCGAGGAUGUGAACGGUGAAAAAACAACAUCCGGGUUCGAUACCGAGAUUAUCACGUUGACAGAGUCCCACCCAAGAGAAAGGCAACAAUCAAUUGCUAGUGAUGUAACGUUGGUAGAACAGAUUGACAUCGACGACUUCAAUAUUCACACAAGUUAUGACGAGGCAAUUAAGGAAAAUGAAGUUUUCCAAUAUUCUCACCGUUCGAAUUCACGGAAAAAGACAAAUCAUCUGAAGGAACGUUCAAUCACGUCGGCAAAUAUUGAUUACACAACUCCAUUUAUUCUACCUCCGGGAGCAUUAUCGGGUCCUCCAAUAUUAUUGUUCGAGGAAAAUCCAAUGUUAAAAUUUGCAUUAAAGUCGAAGGAUCCGAUGGUAAAAUAUUUGAAUAGAGCAUUAAUAGAAAUAAUUAACCAGGCGUUUGAGAAUGACAACACUUGGACAAUAAGAAGAAUAGAGUGGAUAAAGACAAUUGAAACAACAAAAAAAGAAUUGGAAAUGCAUAAACAGGAUAAAAUAACAUCAAGGCAACAAAUCAAAUCAUUGACAUUGGCAUGUGAAAUCAUUAAGGAAGAAGUUGAAAGAGUUAGACAGGAAAAUUUUAAAAUAAAAAAAGAAUUGAUGGAGACUCAGGAUAAAAUUCAGGUGCUGGAAAAGGAAAAAACUCUAAAUCAGGAAAAAGUGAUGUGGAACAACAUCAAAACAGGUAGAUGA